GUGAAUAUGGUCCAACCGUUUAGCUCAUAAAGAAUGGGUAAUUAUAUAAAACAAAAAGAAAAUCCCGGCGCCGGCUGAUCUUAUCAGAGUGCUGCAGAGCAGAGGCGAGUUUGCACUCCCCAGCUUCCACCGUGUUGUUCCGCCGAUUUUCUUCACAGCAUGUCGUGACUCGUUUCUAACUCUUCGUUGGUCCCCUGUUCGUUUUCAUGUGGACUCUGAAAUCUCUCUUUUGUCUUUGAUUUGGGUUAGGUUCGGGUGAGUCUCCGUAAUAAAGAAAAGCAGAACAGGAAAAAUGGGAAGAAUCUUCGUGGUGGAGUUAGAUGGUAGGUCUUACAGAUGCAAGUUCUGCAAAACCCACUUGGCCCUAGCCGAUGAUCUCAUCUCUCGGGCUUUUAAUUGCAGACGGGGAAAAGCGUACCUUUUCAGUAAUGUCGUGAACGUCACAGCUGGAGUACUAGAGGAAAGGAUGAUGCUUUCGGGAUUGCAUACGGUGGCAGAUGUCUUUUGCUGUUGCUGUGGUCAAAUAGUUGGCUGGAAAUAUGAAACUGUGCAUGAGAAGAGCCAAAAGUAUAAAGAGGGGAAGUUUGUUCUUGAGAGAGGAAGGAUUGUUGAUGAAAUUGAUAUCUCUCCUGAAUUCUAUAUUGACACCCAUGCCUGCAUGAGUGAUGCUGAAGAAGCUUAGCAUCUUUUGUUCUGGUCAUCAAACACUGGUUUUGUUACUGUUAUUUGUGAAUAAUUAUAAUGAUUAUAAUAAUAAUGGUGUAGCUUUGAAACUUUUUAGGAUCAACCAUGCUUGAUUUUUACUAUUUUCUUUCAAUAUAGUGGAGCAGAUGAACAGGAGAGAUUUCACCAGUGUGUAAAGCUUUUAGAUGGAAAGGGAUUAAACGCUUAAUGUAGUAGAUGAGCUAAUGAGCCUUAUUGUUGAA